ACAGAAACUUGACAAGUGUACGUUUUUUUAAGUAAAAUCGAUCUUCCUCCACAGAAGAACAGAAAGCAAGCAGUUGAGGACCAAAUGGCUUUGGCUCUGCUCUCUCCUCUUCCACCUUCUCUACCCACCUAUACGACCAAAAUAAACUACAAAAAGCAGAGAGACAUCUGGGCAACCAAAAGAAGAGCAAAAACAAUAAUAGCAAAUGCCUUAAAUAGUGAAGACAAAGAUGAUUCACCUUCUUUUAAUCCUUUUGGUUUUGUCACAGAUAAUCCUUCAAGCCGCAGUGCCAUCCAGCUACCUGAGUCCCCUGCUGAGGACGGCAAUGUUGGCCAAAUGCUCUAUCGGAUAGAAGACAAGGGAAAAGAAUUUGGUUCUUAUAAAAAGUCUGGGAAGUUUACAUGGUUUGUUAGAGAAACUGGAUCACCUGAUAGCCGACGGGGAACAGUAGUUUUCUUACAUGGAGCUCCUACUCAAUCUUUUAGUUACAGAGUUGUCAUGUCUCAGAUGUCGGAUGCUGGUUUCCACUGCUUUGCACCUGACUGGAUAGGAUUUGGUUUCAGUGACAAGCCACAGCCAGGAUAUGGCUUUGAUUAUACAGAAAAGGAGUUCCAUGAGGAAUUCGAUAGAUUACUUGAUGUGCUGGGCGUUAAAUCCCCUUUCUUUCUUGUUGUUCAGGGAUUUCUUGUAGGUUCAUAUGGACUGACUUGGGCACUGAAGAACCAGAGCAAGAUAUCAAAGAUCGCAAUUUUGAAUAGUCCGUUGACGGUUUCAUCUCCUGUUCCUGGACUAUUUCAAAAGCUAAAGAUUCCUCUCUAUGGAGAAUUUACCUCCCAGAAUGCUAUUAUGGCUGAGCGUUUUAUUGAAGCAGGUAGCCCAUAUGUCUUGAAACUGGAAAAGGCUGAUGUGUAUCGAUUACCAUAUUUGGCGAGUAGCGGACCAGGAUUCGCUCUCCUUGAGGCUGCAAGAAAGAUUAAUUUCAGAGAUAUUACAAGCCAAAUUGCAGAAGGCUUCGUAUCUGAAAGAUGGGAUAAACCGAUACUUCUUGCUUGGGGAAUAGCAGACAAAUAUUUGCCUCAAUCUGUGGCAGAAGAGUUUCAGAAAGGAAAUCCUGAUGCUGUAAAAUUGAAGUUGAUAGAAGGUGCUGGCCAUAUGCCACAGGAAGACUGGCCUGAGAAAAUUGUGGAAGCUCUGAGAGUAUUCUUUUAAAUUCGACACAUGAAUCAACAAUGAAAUAGUGCCAGCGGUAAUUUUCAGCUGUUUGACUGAGAUCAUAGACAAGGGGAUUCUGAAGCUUUAGCACAGGUGUGAGAGAGGAGAAGACAACUGCAUAUAUUUUUAUUUUUCUUUGUUCUUUUUUUUCCACCUUUAUAUAUACGAACAGGGCUGUGGGAAGCAUCUUGAAUCGGACUUGCUGAUGUUUUGUAGAUUUUGUGCAUAAGCUAACGCUGAAAAAAAAAAAUCAACCGUUUGAUGCACAUCCAUUCUUUUACUUAAUAUGCUACAACAUAAAGUUGUUUGUAUAUCCAGUUAAAUUUAAGUUGAGAGUGCUGAUUCUUGAAGAUCA